GAACUUCUGAGAAUCAACGAGAAACCAGUGACAACAUCAGAGGGGGAAAGAGCGUUAGCAUUUUCGUACAAAUCUUUCGCCUUUUACUAAAGAUUUCUAAAUUUCACGACUGAGUACGCCAAAGACAAAGAUGGCUUUCUCGAGGCUCAACCGGGAGCUGAGCCUCAACCUACAUCUUGAAGAAAAGACACAGCCGAAAGAAAUUUUCGCAUUGAUAAAGAAGCAUGUUGCAGAGAAUGAAGUGAAAUGCGUGCAACACGUGAAUGAUGCUAAGUGGUGCGUCACUUUCAAAAAAGACGUCAGCCAAGACAAAGAUGACUACAGAACACCUGAAAAUCAACGAAAGACCAGAAACAACUUCAGAGGCCGACAUAGCGUUGGUGUACGUCAACAUGCACAACGCCCCACAGGAGCUGGCGGACAGACCCAUCGUCACUACCCUAGCGCAGUAUGGGCAGGUGAUAGGACACCGACGUGGACAUUGGCCGGCAACGCCCGAAUGGGAGAAUGGCAUCCGCCAUUUUCGCAUGACCCUCUGUUCGCCCAUUCCUUCCUACAUCAAGGUGGGGCCUUUUCAGCUGUACGUCCAGUACGACGGACAGCAAAAGACCUGCCGACGUUGCGGUAAACCAGGCCACCUGGCAGCCAACUGCGGGACACUAACAUGCUUCAACUGCAGGGGGCAAGGGCACCGCAGCGCGGAGUGCCCACUGCCAAAAACGUGCACAAUUUGCAGUUCAGAAAACCACACCUCAUUUAACUGUCCGACAUCGCUCGCUAGACCAACUUCAACCUCAGCAGCAACCAAUAUGAGACCAGGCACAAUGGUUUUCCCGCCAUCCCGUGAACUGGUAAGCAAAACCGACUUUCCUCCCCUUUCAACCGGCGACAGCGAAACAGAGGAGAUGGAGAUCUCUACCAAGGCCCAGGGGUUCUGGGACGAGGCCGUUAAAUCUGGCGCGGCAAGCUCCAAACCAACUCCCCGCCCUCGACCUACCACCCGCUCCAUAACGGCAAGCUCAGGCAAGCCAUCGCCGACCCCAAGCAAGAUACCAACCGCAAGCAAACCAUCGGCCGAAGGCAAGCCACUGGCCGCAAACAAGCCAACAGCCGCAAGCAAGCCACCAUCGACAGUAGGCAGGCCAUCAGCCACAAGCAAGCCAUCGCCGACAAGCAAGCCAUCGCCGGCAAGCAAGCCACCGACCGCCAACAAGGUCUCAUUGACCAAGGCCAAACCACCGUCAACCGCAGGCAAGCCACGGUCCGCCAGCAAGGCCCCGGCCCCAUCGAAAGUUACCAGCAAGUCUGCAUCGACCGCAAGCAAGUCAGCAACAACAAGCAAGGUCCCAACAACUGCGAGCAAGUCAUCACUAGAGACCACCAUUGAAAACGCCCAAAAAACACCGGACGAAAUCAUCGAGGGACCCGCAAGCCAGUCUACACAAGAUACAUGGGACAGUCAAGACACAUUCUUCGUCAAGUACUCUUCGGGGAAACAUGCCUUAGACUGGGCGGACAUCAAGAAAGAUAAUGAAAAACUAGAGAAAUGUCUGGUCCAGGACAGAGACUCAGACGAAGGUUCGACAAUAUCUACAAGCAGUGUUGCGUCCAAACGAAACUUAUCAUCCUCAUCAACUGAUGAGAACUUAGAGGACGAGAAACGUUUUGUUGAGGUACUUGGAAAUCGAAAGAAGAAGCAGGCCAGAAAGACUUCUUCCAAAUGAAUUGGAACUCUUAUUUUAUGAUGAUGUUGUGUAAAUAUUUUGCGUGUAUUAUUUUUCUUACAUGUAUGAGUUUUUCAGUUGUAACCCUGAAUGCAAAUGGUCUGAGGAAUUUGUGUAAACGCCGUCAGAUUUUCGAUUCCUGCAGGAGUCAGGGUGCAGAUAUCCUACUCCUGCAGGAAACCCACGCUUCUGGCUUCAUGGAGGC